UCGCUUCCACCAAGCGCGAGUCAGAAGGUGAAAGAUUUGGUGAGUGUCAAAAUAACUGUGAAAAGUUCCGAUAUGACGGCACUAGAACAAACCCAAGUGACUUCUUUGGAAAAGUUGGAAAAAGAAGAUGACCGUGAAUUAUCCGUUAUAGUUCCUACGAGCCCCUUUUUGGGUCCAGCAAGUGCCAAAGGAUCUGUACCAACAAUGUCCAUUUAUGAUCCACUAGGUUUGAUACCGCCACAUCCUCCACAACCUCCGUCACUGCCAUCGCCGGAAUCGCCCCCACCAGCCCUACCACCAUUAACGGUGGCUCCAGACAAAGAGCCUACGAAGUUACAACAAGCUUCAGCGAGUGCUCAGCCGCCAGCGUCAGCUCCAAACAAGGAGUCGGCAUCAAAAUCGUCAUUAAUUUCGCUCAGCCCUAUGCCAAGUUCACAUGCGCAGGCAAAGCCUGAGGAUAAAGGAGCUGCAUCGACACAAGGAGCUAAAUCAUUGAGUGUUAAGCCAACUCCUCCAGCGACUCCACAGCCAAGGGCACGCCUGACACCGGUAAUUUGCCAGAACACUCUACGUUAG